UUUUCUUUUUUUUUUUUUUCCUUCUUUUCUUUAUGAAUAAAAUACCAAGCAUUGAUCAAUUGCUAUCUUCACUACAAGACCAUUUGACACUAAAAGAUGCCAACAUGAUUCUCAACACAGCUAAUUAUUACCCAUAUUGUACAGUUAACAAAAAAAAGCAAGACUUUGUAUUAUAUAAUGAUGUUCAAAACAAGACCAGAAGAAACCUUAAACUAUUGCCUGAUUUAAAAAGAUGAGCUAUUCUUCUUCUUUUUAUGCUUCUUUUUACUCGUCUUUUUCUAUAGUUGAAUAAAUAUUUAUGUUAUCCUGUUUAUUAUCUAUUUAC